CUCCUUUCUCCAUAUUUUGAGUGCCCUGCCUUGUAACCUUCACAUUCCUUUUUUAUUCCCUGCUCCUCCCUGCCCCCACUUUCCCUGCGCGCGUGGGCUUCAGCUCUCUCUCUCUCUCUCCCUCCACAUACCCCAAGAGAUCUCCCACGAAAAGCAAUCAACAUCCCUCUUGUUAUGCCCACAAUCAUGAACCUUGGUUGCCUCACGCGCAUGCCAUAUUGCCCAUUGGCCUGCUUCUUCUUCUUCUUCAAUCCUCACUAUAAAUCCCCCACCCAACCCCACUCUCUUCUUCCCACUUCGCCAGCCCACUCACCUUAGCUUUCUCUCACCCCCGGCCUCAUUGCUACUCCAUGGCGGUCUCCGGCUUUGAAGGCUUCGAGAAGAGGCUGGAGCUCCACUUCUUCGGCGACGAUCCGAUGGGUCUCCGCCGCCUCAGCUUCAAAACGCUUGAUCACAUCCUCGCCGCGGUGCAGUGCCGCGUUGUCUCCGCCGUCGGCAAUGCCCACUUCGACGCCUACGUGCUCUCCGAAUCAAGCCUCUUUCUUUAUCCGGAUAAGCUUGUAAUUAAGACGUGCGGAACCACCGGGCUCCUCCACUCUGUCCCUCUGCUCCUCCACCACGCCGCGGCACUCGGCCUCAAGCUACUCCGCUGCAAAUACACCCGCGGCAGCUUCAUCUUCCCAAACGCUCAGCUCUCCCCGCACACAAGCUUUAAAGAAGAAGUUUUUUUCCUUGAAAAAAACCUCCCCGCCUCCCUCCGCCACCGUAAGGCCCGCGUUCUCCCCUCCCAUUCCUCUCGCCACAAGUGGCACGUCUAUUCCGCCAGUUCCAAAGCCGACGACUUUACCGGAGGCCCGAUAACCGUAGAGGUAUGCAUGACUGAGCUCGACCGGACUGUGGCAGACCGGUUCUUCCGCUGGCCGGGGGAGGCAGGGAUGUCAGGGCAUGAAGCAGGGCGGGAGAUGACCCGACGGGCGGAAAUAGCUGACGCCGCCGGCCCGCGGGCCUUCAUCUGCGAAUUCGCUUUCGACCCCUGUGGGUACUCCAUGAACGGCCUCCACGCCGAUCGCUACUCCACCAUUCACGUCACGCCAGAGGAGGGUUAUAGCUACGCUAGCUACGAGUGCGUGUUGACCGAAGAAUCCGAGAUACAGACUUUGCUAAACAAAGUGAAUGCCGUGUUCCGGCCAGGAGUAAUGUCGGUCUCCGUCACCGGCGGACCUGAAACGUGUAUUGAAAAAAUAGCAGGGAUGAGUUGCCGGAGCAGGGCGUCGGAGACGUUCUCCGGCGCAGGGGUGGUGACGUACCAAACAUUUGCUACUGAAAUGGAUGAGGAGUGGAGUUCUGCUUGAUGUUGUCUUUUCAGAGAAGAUAUACUGACAUGUAAUUGAGAAAAGGAGAGAGAGAGAGAGAAAGAGGGGGGAUGGAAGGAGCCGACGAGGAAGAUGGAAAGAACGGGAGAGUGGGAGCACCAUGAUGUAGAGCUCCACUAACAAGUGUCACGCCUAGUACUUGGGGAGACGUAGUGGUAGUGAGGGUUUGGUGUAGAGGAUUGGAUGUAGUUUCUUUUUUUUUUUUUUUUUUUCUUCCUCAUGGUUUGUUGUUCUUGCCUUUUUCUCUCCUAAAGAGUUAAGAAAAAAAAAAAAAAGAGUACACUUU